CACCCGCUCCGUCACUAUGGCAACUGCGGAGAGAGAAGUUGUUGAGCAAAGAGCUCCAUAAAGCAGUGUCGGGUUGCGCAGUGCUUCAGAAGCCCCUGUGUGUGUGUCAGCUGCUCAAAUCAACGCUGGGUUGAGAGAGGAGCCGGCCGCUCGGUGGAGGAGGUGUGUGGACCCGUGCAACCUUGGUUUCUCUCUGCAACGACCCAGCACUGAGGCGGAACGAAGAUGGUGCAUCACUCCAGGUCCAUUCAGUCCUUCAAGCAGCAGAAGGGGAUGAACACGAGCGUCAGUGGAGUUGUCACAGAGCAGCCAUUGAAGCCGUCGAGGAGAAGCCUGCCCUGUCUGGCCCAGAGCAAAACCCUGCCCAACCACCUCAGCAACCACUCCCUACAGCAAGGAUCCCAUCUGAAGGACACGCUAUCUGCAGGACCAUGUACCACAGAUAUCCCUGUCCAAAGCGAGAAGCCCCCGCUGACUGGCUCGAGUGCCAACGACUUACUUUACAGUUCCCAACAGGAGUCUCAGCCCAAACCCUGGGCACCAGAAUCUGUUCCCAUCUGCAUUAUUCCCCAAGAUGACGAUCAGGAGUGGAGCACAGCAGAAUCGGAACAAAGGACCUACGAUUCUCAAACUGACCAUAUCUUUCUCCUUCAGACCUCCACACAGCAAGGAUUGCUGGAGCCCCCCAGCGAUGAGCGGAUGGAUAAGGAACUCUCCGUGUCGGAAAAUAGUCUGUUCUUCAAAGAUGGCAGGAAGAGGAUUGACUAUAUCUUGGUCUACAAAAGAACGGACAUGCACGUUGAGAAAAGGGGCACCUUUGAAAAGAACCUGCGGGCGGAAGGACUGCAGCUGGAAAGGGAGCAAUCCAUCACAAACGCUGACGUGAUGUUUGUGAAACUCCACGCACCUUGGGAAACUAUUUGUAAAUAUGCGGAGGUCAUGAACAUUCGAAUGCCAUUCAGGAAAAAAUGUUAUUAUACUGCUUGGAGGAGCAAAAUGAUUAGCAGUGUUCAGAAGAGCAUGCGACACGUGAAGAGUUGGCUCCCACGGAACCCGAUGCAACUCGACAAAGAAGCUCUACCCGAUCUGGAAGAGGCAGAGAGCUACACGGCACCGUUCAGUAGAGCACGCAUGCACCACUUCACCAUCAACAACAAAGACACAUUUUUCAGUAAUUCUACCAGAAGUCGGAUUGUUCACCAUGUGCUACAAAGGACGAAAUAUGAAGAUGGCAAAUCUAAAAUGGGUUUAAACAGGUUGCUGAGCAAUGGAACAUAUGUGGCUGCGUACCCACCGCAUGAGGGAAGCUACAAGAGCCGGCAUGACAUCAUCACGCAUGGCGCUCUCAAUCACAGGCACUUGCUGUACGAGCGAUGGGCCAGAUGGGGCAUGUGGUACAAGUACCAACCGCUGGACCUCAUCAGACGGUACUUUGGAGAGAAGAUUGGCCUGUAUUUCGCCUGGUUGGGUUGGUACACUGGGAUGCUAAUCCCCGCUGCCCUCGUUGGGGUUCUGGUAUUUCUGUACGGACUACUUACAUCUGACCACAGUCAAGUCAGCAAGGAGAUCUGUGACGCCAAUGAUACCCUCAUGUGUCCAAUGUGCGAACGCAACUGUUCUUACUGGAUGCUGAGUGAAAGCUGUGCCUACGCAAAGAUGACGCACCUGUUUGACAAUGGAGGCACGGUUUUCUUUGCCAUUUUCAUGGCGCUGUGGGCCACAGUAUUUCUGGAGUUUUGGAAAAGGCGGAGAGUGGUCCUGACUUAUAACUGGGAUCUAAUUGACUGGGAAGAAGAGGAGGAAGAACUUCGUCCCCAGUUCGAAGCCAAGUAUUCCAAGAAGGAGCGUCUAAACCCCAUCACGGGCAAACCGGAACCGUUCCAGCCCUUCGUCGACAAACUUAGCCGUCUCCUGGUGUCUGUCUCAGGAAUAUUCUUCAUGAUCCUGCUGGUCCUGGCUGCGGUGUUUGGUGUCGUGUUGUACCGUCUUGUGACCAUGGAACUCUUUGCCUCCUUUCGCUGGGAGUUUGUGAAGAAGAACUGGCAGUUUGCCACGGCUGGCUCGGGGGUGUGCAUCAACUUUGCCAUCAUCAUGUCUCUCAACGUGGUUUAUGAAAGAGUUGCAAGGAUGCUGACCAACUGGGAGCACCCACGCACGGAGUCAGAAUGGGAGAACAGCUUUGCCUUGAAGAUGUUCCUCUUUGAGUUUGUCAAUCUCAACAGCUCCAUCUUCUAUGUUGCUUUCAUUCUCGGCAGGUUUGCAGGGCGGCCUGGAGCCUAUGCCAAGCUGUUUCACCGAUGGAGACUGGAAGAGAUUGUUACAGAACUGGUGGUCACGGAGAAAGGUGAAGCGAGCCAGUCACGAUGAGGCGAGCAAGUAUUACCUACCUCAGUGGGAGCAAGAUUGGAACCUGCAGCCCAUGAACAACCAUGGACUGGUAGACGAGUAUCUGGAAAUGGGUAAGUACCAUAGAGUCAUGGAGUCCUAGAGUGAUACAGUGUUUGAACUGGCCCUCAGCCCAACUUGCCCACCCAGUCCAACUUGUCCCAGAUACACCAGUCCCACCUCCCUGCGUUUGGCCCAUAUGCCUCCAAGUCUGUGUCCUAUCCAUGUACCAGUCUAACUGUUCCUUAAAUGUUGGGAUAGUCCCUGCCUCAACUACCUCCUCUGGCAGCUCGUUCCAUACACCCACCACCCUUUGUGUGAAGAAGUUACCCCUCAGAUUCCAAUUAAAUCUUUUUCCCUUCAACUUGCACCAAUGUCCUCUGGUCCUCGAUUACCCUACUCUGGGCAAGAGACUCCGUGCAUCUACCUGAUAGAAAAUAGAAACAUAGAACUUAGGUGCAGGAGUAGGCCAUUCGGCCCUUCGAGCCUGCACCGCCAUCCAAUAUGAUCAUGGCUGAUCAUCCAACUCAGUAUCCCAUACCUGCCUUCUCUCCAUACCCUCUGAUCCCCUUAGCCACAAGGGCCACAUCUAACUCCCUCUUAUAUAGCCAAUGUACUGGCCUCGACUACCCUCUGUGGCAGAGAGUUAUAGAGAUUCACCACUCUCUGUGUGAAAAAAGUUCUUCUCAUCUCGGUUUUAAACGAUUUCCCCCUUAUCCUUAAGCUGUGCA